AUGGAGGAACAAGAGCAGAAGCAGGGGGACCAAUGGGACUUUUCAGGAACCCAAGUGAGAGGGCCAGGAUGGCGGGCAGAGCUGGUUCCAGGCCCGUGCUCUGCCUGCCUGGGAGCCCUACCAGAAUAUCCUGUCUUCCGCGGUAAGAGCUGUGGCAACAUGCUGUUGUUGGAUGGUGUCAUCCAGUGUACAGAGGAGGAGUUCUCCUACCAGGAGAUGGCAGCCAGCCUGCGCCUCCCCUGCAGCCAUCCCAGCCCAUGCCAGGUGCUGACCAUUGCGUGUGGGGAUGGGGGUGCCCUGCAGGCUGUGGUGAAGCGUUCCUCUGGGGAGUCCAUGGUCCGGUGUGAGAUUGACGAGGAUGUCAUUCAGGUCUCUAAGAAGUUCCUGCUGGGCCUGGCCAUGGGCUCCUCCAGCGCCAAGCUGACCCUAUACAUGGGCGACGGUUUUGAGUUCAUGGAACAGAACCAGGGCGCCGUCAGUGUUAUCCUCACAGACUCCUCAGACCCCAUAGGCCCUGCCGAGAGUCUCUUCAAGGAAUCCUAUUACCUGGACCUCAUCGAGGAGAUGCGGCAGUUCUGUAGGUCACUCUUCCCUGUGGUGGCCUAUGCUUACUGCACUGUCCCCACCUUCCCCAGUGGCCAGGCAGGCUUCAUGCUGGGCAGCAAAAAUCUGAGCACCAACUUCUGGAAGGCCGUGCAGCAGCUGACACAGAAGCAGGUAGAACAGAUGCAGCUGAAAUACUACAACUGUGAUGUGCACCAGGCAGCCUUUGUCCUGCCCGAGUGUGCUGCCGAGACCCAGGAUGAUGUAAGCUGAGCCCAGGUGCCACUGCCCAGGACAUUGGGCCAGGGAGCCUCCAGGACUCCUGGGCAUGACCAAACCCUUUUUCCCUGCCUGUGUGCCCACCAAGCAAGUGUUACAAGCCCCAGAAUGCUGCCCGAUGGGCCCGGCUGGGCGGACAGUCUCUCAAUGUGGUGUUCAGCCUCCAGGCUUAUACCAGCUGUGUAUAGCCAAAAACAAACAAACAAACUACAGGAAUUACUGUUUGUAAGGUGAUGGGAAUAGUCCAGUAGGGAGAGAAAACCUGACGAUGCAGGAGUGAGAAGGAAAAAUUUCUGGAAUGACAUCCUUGAGAAGGCAAGAAAGGAGUGGAAUCUGGUCCAGAAGUGGAGAGGUUGGACACCCUUCAUGGCCGUAGAGACCAUUCAUUCUUAUAAAAACACCAUAUGGGGACCCAGGUGGAAUUAGUUCAGUAGUUUCGCUGGUAGGAUAUUGUUGUUUUUUCUUGAUUGCUUCUUGUUUACCCGUGAAAUGAGAAGCAAGACAUUAGCUAAGAUUGAGGAAGGAAGAGAGGAAGAGACCUGGAGAGAGAGGAGAAGGUGUGACACAGUCAUCUGAGAGUGAAUGUUCUGGGAAAUGUAGUAUAAUUUCCUGGCAGCACUGAGAGCCCACUUGAGGUUGCUGGUCAUGAUGAGUGCGUGCUUUUCCCAUUCAAGUCCAGCUUUGGGGAACAGGUGUACAGUAGGCAACGAGUUUGAUUUCACCAACUUGGGGGUUUCUCCCAAGUCAGUUCAGUGAAGCAAGACAAGGCUAAGAGAGUUUCAGGGUGUUUGCAAGAGAGCAGAGGACCAGGGACAGGAGCAGGGUGAGACAAUAGGAUCAGGAGAGUUAGACCUUAGUGGGGCUUGAUAAUUUUUGCAGUUGGGGUAUUGGAGAGAGUAAACUGGAAAAAUAGGAAGUGUUGGUUGGAGAAUCCAGUCUUUCUCACUGAGGAAGGAAUUACAAUAACCAGUACAGACAAGGUCUGGGAUAUGAGCAUUGGAAUGAGGGGCUGGGGCAAUGUGGAGUUGCAAGGACAGGGUGGUGGAAGGAUCACAUGUGCAUGUGGAAAUCCCCAAGAAUUAUGUCAGGAGAGAUGUCUUGGAGAGGUUAACAGUGAGGCAGGGCUUAAAUCUUUAAGGAAUGAGGGGUAGUGACUCAGGAAUGAGUAGAUGACUGCCAAAUGAGAUGACCAGAGGUAGGAGAGCAAUCUGAAGAGGGGCAGGCUAAAAACCAAGAAACAGAGGGAAGUGGUGAGUAGCUUUAGGGAUUCAGUCAUAUCAGGAUUUCUCACCCUCAGUACCAAAUUUUGGGCUGGAUUUCUCUAUGUUGUGGGGGCUGUCUGUGCAUCGUAGGCAUUGUAGGGUGUUGACAGCAUCCCUGGCCUCUACCCAUGAGAUGCCAGGGUUCUUUCCCCACCUGUGACAACCAAAUAUGCCCAGACAUUGUUAAAUGUCCCUGGGGGCAAAAUUGCCCUCAUUUAAGAACCAGUGAGUUAGAUGAAUACUGAAAAAGCAUUGGGGUCCCUGGUGUCCUUCCCUAAAGCUCUUUCUAGGGAAUGCUGGAAUGCCAUUCUAAUCCAGAUUAGAGCAGAUUAUGCAAUGAGCAGGAGAAGAAACAAAGUACCUCUCUUUCUAGGAGUUUGACUGUGAAGGGCUGGAGGAUGAGAGCGCAGUAAGCAGAGGAGACUCUGGAGAACCAGAGAUGAUUUCCUUCUGUGGGUCAGAUGGAGCCGUAAACAGAUUUAAAUAUUGAUAAGAAGGGUCCAUGUGAGGAGAACAACUGACCUAGAGAAAAGAGCGGUCUGAAAUGGGCUGUGGAAUGGUCUGUAGAUGUGGAGGAGUCAACGUUCGAUCAGAGGAGCGGCAUCUCCAAAGAUCCAGGAGCAGCAGGUGGAUGCUGCUGGUUUAUGAUUUGUUGGAGAGAAGCAGAGGGAGUUCUCAUCCAACAGCUUCCGUUUUCAGCUGCUGAGAGUGAAGAGAACAGUGAGUGCAGGGGCGGAGGUGGGGGGGAGUUGGCACGUUGAACCAGUUGUGAAAUGGGAGACCAAGCUGGCUUGGAAAACCUAGGAAAAGUUCUAGGAUGUCUGGGCAGUGGUGAGGGCCUGUGUGGGGCUAGUGACCUGAAUUUACAACUAAACCAACCUGUGCUGCUGUGCUUUCUCCAGCAUCACUCAGACACCACGAAAGCAGGUAGCAGGAUUCAGCCCAAGUUAGGGCUUUGCUAGAUGGUUGUGAUGGAAAGAGCAGAAUAUU